ACAGCUGAUGGGCUGGUGUUUUAAUUUCCAAGACCAGUCUGGCAGACAGAGCACCCAGGGAUAACAACAGAACGACUUCGAAAAUCAAGACAAAACGAUUCACCAACAUUAAAGUUUCAGUUCACUAAUUCAAGUGUCAUACAGGAGAAGUUACGUAAGAAUCACAAAUCGAACGAUGGCUCAAGCGGCGCGAUUCCUGGUCAUUAUUCUCUGUGUAUAUCUGAUGGCAGUCGCAGCCAACGAGAUGGGUAACCGAGAAUCUGAUUACUACAACUGGAUGGAUGAAAUUGCCCAGGCAGCCUGUACCGGUAUUAUGCCUGUAGAUGGGACAGUACACGCCGUGCGCAGAUACUGUAAUUCAGCUUAUGCGGCUUGUUCCACCGCAUGCACAGACCUAGGUAAGACAUGCUUUGAGACGCUUCAUGUGUACCUCAAUCGCCCGCGGCUAUCAUCAAACCAUGACGAAGCUGUAGGGGUGACCGGUUCUCAAGUGCACAGAUACGGCGGCGGCUGCGGAGGAGGGUGUGGGCCGAAUUACUGCUGCUGCCGCGGAUAA